UAUGCCAGGAUCCCCGUCUGGGUAAAUCAAACUUGGCUUAUCCCUGGCAGGCCUGAGUGAUGUGGUCUCCAAGGGGCAUGCUCAGAGUUUCAUCAAUAACUCAGACAUGCUUAUUGAAUUGGUGUGUGAUGCAGUGGCUUGUUUCCUUAUCCCCAGCAUGUGAUGUAAUCAGCUCUGCAUCCGUCACAGCGUAGCCCUUUUCGGACCACCAUUAUAUGCAUACUAGGCAUUGUUGGCUGAUUAGGGUGCUGGCUCCAGUGCCAAGCUUGCAAGACUAGUUGGGAUUGGUAGGUCAUUGCCCCAGGCUAGGGACAGCAGGUGGCCAGAUGAUGAUGGGAGAUGGCACUUUAUAUCUUAAUGGCCAGGCUGUCAUUCAUGCAAGGCAGUUGAUCAAUCAUGGUUUGCACCCCUCUGUGCAGAGAACACCACCUACCCUGCAUACUGUGCAGAUCUCAGAGGGUACAGGGAUGGGAAAUGCUGCAAUAAUGUUGCAAUGUCACAAUCAAGUGCUAUGCAAUUUUUUGCAAAAAACAAAACAAACAAAACACCAUGCAAAUUUUGAACAAAAUGCCAUGCGUGAUUCCGGCAUACAAGAUGGUGGUGUCAGGGCUCACACAACAAGCACAGUUAAGCAUCUGUGCUGAUCCCAGAGAUCCAUCCAAUCAAAAUUUUAGGACUUAAUCUUGAAGAGCAGCACAUUUGGCAUGCCAUCAAAAGAGCCCUGGAUGCCCCCUUCCCCCACUGUUGACCGCUCUAUUGAGACCGUCAGUAUGACUGGGAACCCAGUUCUGACAAGGGCUGACAUCCUGCUUAGGUGCAGGAUGGAUGUUGACUAUAACAUAUAUUGUAAUCUCCCCUGGCAAUAAAACACCGGCGUGAGAUGACACCCAAGCCGUAUUGGUGCGUGCACGAUCAUUAGUGCCUCCACAUGGCCCAUCGAGCCAUCUGUUGGCGACAGUGGUCGCUACCACCACCUGGCGGCUACGCGACCAGCUACUGAUGUUUAAAUGCGGCGCAGUCAAGUCAGUGUUGACGUCAGGCCCGCUCCCUACGACUAACAUCUCCUUCACCUACCCUAGUCUGGACUGGAAGAUGACUGAGGCCCAAAAAUCCUCUAAAAUCUGCCUCCCCUGUCCAGCCCCGAGCAACGUGUUUUAUCCGAAGAGAUGGCUGCCAAGACUGUGCGGUAUCCUGUGUUCAGAGAAUGUGUAGAGCGGCACUUCAAAACUUGGUCGUCACUCCAGUUGUCUCUGAGGGAAGUGAUGCCUGGACCAGUUAGCAAGGAAUUUUAUGCAUGGCUGUUGGAUGUCACGGAAACAUUCUUCUAUGAAAAUGCCGACCUGUACCCGGACGAGGUGGGCGACUUCCUGGCCGACAUCCUCAACACGGAGCUGGACACGCUGAUCGAGGACGGUUCGCUGGAGCUGGUGUGCGGCGCGCUGUGCGCCGCGUUCCGCGCGUGCGCCGCCGGCCGCCACCACGAGGUCACCGCCGAGCUGGCCAGGCUGCCGGCGCCCGCCGACCUGGCCACCUCUCGACAGGCGCCCGCCAUGGAGCAGGAUGACGGCGGGGAUGGCCCGACGGCACCACCAACCGGCCCGGGCCCCUCCUCGUCCAGCUCCGGCGCCGCCGCCGACAGCAUGCAGACGGACGACGGCUGGACGGUGGUGGCCAAACGGAAACGGUAGCGCUGCCCAACGGGCGAUGCUAGAACUAAUGCUACCACGGAUUUUCGUGCGGUGGAAACUAGCCUCUGUUCAGAGGAGCGGCGCGAGCUUUGAGUGUCCGCUUCUGGUGUACACCAGAAGCCGAUAGGUGUCGUCCGCCGGGCGUCUGGGACACCCGUUUGAUGCGACGGUAUCUUGUCGACACUAUCGUGGAACUCUGUUCGUGUGAGUCGAGGAGCUGGGACGUUUUGCAGGACGGUCUCGUCUUACAUUUGGGACUUGCCAAACAGCCGCAGAUGCGCACGAGAACAGCAGCGGGCCCCUGUUUUGGUCAGCGUUAUGGAGGACAGUAGUAUGCAAAGAUGGUGGUAUGCAAUGCAGUAUAGGCUGUCGCGAGCGUGCCGUGCGAGCCUGUCUGUGUGUGACCUGAUCAAUGCUGACCACUCUUCCUUCAUAAACUGCUGGAGCUGAGUGUGAUGGGUACCUAGGAAAAUUGCAUACAGUUAUAAACCUGUUGGUGCCGUGUUCGGGUCAUAUUUUGUGGUAUAUAUAUAUAUAUAUAUAUA